GUAGGGAAAUUGGCAGAGGACCUGUGUCUCUUGGCUCUCACGCAGCAACAGCGAAGACAAUUCAAUCAUGCUAUUGCAGCCUUCAGAGCCACUUUCUCUGCUGCCAAUGUGGAAGCCAGAGAUACUGGCACUCCAGCGCCUGCACAAGGCAAGGUGUGGAAGUUCUCAGCUGUGCAGCUCACCUACAACUCGAGUCACAGCGACUUCAUGGCGCUUGAUCACGGCGUACUCGAGAACUUAUUUGGCCGGUUUGUCGCCUACCUUGGCCGCCUGGCUGACCAGAUUUCAGCAGAAGGUGUCUCGGCCACCAUGGAGCGUGCGUCACCAGAACGAGUCCAUCUGCGCGCUUAUCUUCAUCUAUCAACUGCCUUCCAUCGGCGUGGUCAGGAUGCCCUCAACAUCUUUGCCUUCGAAGGCGUGCGGCCGCAGGUGACACCAAAUACCGCGUCCGGCAAGACAUACACAGGUGCUGUGCGAUUUGGUCAUUUUUAUGUCGUCGCCGACAAACUUGGAACUCUGUUCAACUACACCAACUACCCGCCCUUCAAAGCCUACGGCGUGGAGGGCUGGUGGUUGGACAACCUCUUGAAGGCCGGCAAGCUUUCCCGCAAGGCGUACCUGAAAUUGGCAGCGCAAGUGACGGUGGGCUUUCAGAAGCGGCUCGCAGAUUGUAAGGCAGCUGAGCGCUACCUGCAUGAUGAAGCGCUCCAGGACGCUAUCUGUGGUCAUGCGAAGGCGCUGGAGCCAGCAACCCUGCCCAUGAAGUCGUUUCCGGUGAUCGAGGAGUUUGUGGCCUGUCACGAUGGGAGCUCUCGGUUUCGACGCCCAAUUUUGGCAAUUGUGGGAGCAACCCGAUUGGGCAAGUCCAUGCUUGCAGCCCACACGUUGCAGCGUAUAGCUCAGCAACUUGGUCUUCCAGAGUACCUAGAGGUCACUGUCGAGGAGUCUGAGCAGAUGGACCUGGCAGAGUUUGACCGCAGGAUUCAUGCCGGUGUCAUUUUGGACGGGGUUGGAGACGCUCUGUUCCUGAAGCGGCACCAUGAAGCCUUGCAAGGCCGUCCGAAGACGGUGCAAAGUCCACGACCAAUGUGUACUCCUAUGCCUACUCGUUCUGUGGACGUGCAGUAG